AUGACGUUAAAAAAAAUACGGGGUGUUACAUGUAGUAUUCAUAAAGAAGAGAGGAUGUUGAUCUAUGAAUACAUGCCAAACAAAAGCCUAGACUUUUUCAUCUUUGACGAAAUAAAAAGACAACUUUUGGACUGGAGAAAGAGAUUUGAAAUUAUUGUUGGGAUUGCUAGAGGAGUAUUAUAUCUUCACCAAGAUUCAAGACUGAAGAUCAUCCAUAGGGAUCUAAAAGCAAGCAAUGUACUACUAGAUGCAGCAAUGACACCAAAAAUUUCAGAUUUUGGUCUUGCUAGAAUGUUUGGGGAUGACCAAAUUGAAGCAAAUACAAAUAGACCUGUUGGCACAUAUGGAUACAUGUCACCAGAGUAUGCAAUGGAAGGAUUAUAUUCUACAAAAUCAGAUGUCUUCAGCUACGGUGUCUUGGCACUAGAGAUAAUCAGUGGCAAGAGAAAUAACCAUUUUUAUGUUGGAAGCCCUUGCCUAAACUUGAUUGGACAUGCAUGGGACCUAUGGAAAGAAGGUAAAGCCCUGGAUAUAGUCGAUUCUUCAUUGGGUGAUGAGGCAUCAUAUCCUGCUUUUGAAGUUUUGAGAUGCAUUCAAAUUGGGCUUUUAUGCGUGCAAGAACAAGCUGCGGAUCGGCCAACCAUGCUAGAAGUUGUGUUCAUGCUGGGAAAUGAAGUAAAUGUUCCUUCUCCCAACAAGCCUGCAUUUAUCAAUAGAAGAAUUAUAGAUUCUGGUCAGGAUCCCUCAAGUUCUGCUGGAGCACCUGCUUCUCAAAACGACAUUACCAUUUCUGAGCUUGAAGCUCGAUGA